AUGGGAUUGCCAUGCUUCUGCUUGAUCAGAAGGAGAAAAUGGUUGCUCAGGAAAUCUCCGAUCUUGAGAAAGAUACAGCCAUACAGGGUUCAAGUUGAGAGUGGUGGCUCAAAACUAUCCUCAUACACCCUGAUUGUUUGCAAUAGUUUUCAGAGUGAUAAGCACAUCUUCAGGAGAACAGUGACGUUUAAAGAGGCACGAGUCUGGGAUUUGGCUUUGAUCGGGAAGCUUUUCUCGAUUUGUCAAGGUGUAGCCUGGGCAGUUAGGCUUCUUGAUCUACUUGAGGCAGAGAUGAAGGGUACACAAGACACUCUUGUGACCUCAAAUGUUCUGGAACUGUACUAUGAGUUAAUGGAACUGGAGCACAGUUCAGAGUUUGCACCACAGACUUCACUUAUUCAGCUGUUGUUUUCUAUCAUUAGUGAUAAAUCAAUGGAAACUUUGUGA